AUGAUGACGCCUAAGUACUCUUAUUUUUCUGGGUAUUAUGUGGGCUUUCUUUUCCUACAAGUGAUGACAUCAACACCAGAAAAGUGGACAGUGAUCACUCCCAUGGGACACUUGGUGGCUACAGUAGGAGGACAGGCUGAGCUUAGCUGCCAGUUGUCGCCACCACAAAGUGCAGAACACAUGGAGGUGUCCUGGUUCCAGGGUAAUCAUUCCAAGCUUGUUCACCUAUACAGAGAUGGCCAUGAAGUGAAUGGGAACGCUGCUCUAGAAUAUGCGGAUCGCAUAGAGUUUGUGAAAGAGGCCAUUGGGGAUGGCAAAGUGACUCUCCGACUUCAUAAUAUCAGCAUUUCUGAUAAUGGACCAUACCAGUGUUCAUUCAAGGACAGUGAAUUCAGGGGUGAGGCUGUCAUGAACCUGAGUGUCACAGCAUUAGGCUUGGAGACACAGAUCUAUAUUCAGGUUCCUAGUACUGGUGGACUUACAUUGGAGUGUAAUUCAGGAGGCUGGUUCCCACAGCCACAGAUGGAGUGGAGAGACAACAAGGGAGAGGUGGUUCCACAUUUAUCAAAGUCCUAUUCACAGGAUGAAGCUGGAUUAUUCUACGUGAAGAUGAUUGUUUUCCUCCAAAAUAAAUCACAGGGCAAUGUGAUUUGCUACAUUCACAACCCCCUGUCAGGGGAAGGGAAGCAAAUAAAUGUCUUCUUAGCUGUGUCCCUUUCAGAUCCUUUGUUUUUUUUAUACAAUGACUGGAUACAGGAUAUUUCAAAAAUGGUGAUUGUGCUGAUGACAUUUUACAGUGUACUUAUCCUUAGUUUGUACCUGACAAUAAAAGGCCAUAUAAGAAGAAAAAGAAUAUUUGAAAAAAAUCGGCAGAUACGUGAGCAGCAAAAUGUAGAAAUGGAAACACUACACGAGAAAUAA